UCCCAGUUGCUUAUGAAGAUUGCUUGUGAUAAUUGUAGUUAAAAAUAAAAGAAAAUUACCUUUUAAGUGAAACAACGUUGCUUAAUUAAGCAGAGAAAACAACGACGCUUAAUGGACACGCAUCAUAUUUUGGUCUCUCCGCCUCUCUCUCAUCUCUAUCUCUCUCCCUACCGAAUCGAAAACGUCGAUUGAUCUCCCCUCGUCUGAUGAAUCAGUCGGCGAUUCGGUUCAAUUUGUUCACCUCUCUUCGACGAUGAAGCAGUCGGAGUGUCUCUCGGUGGCUGUCGUCGACGAGUCCGCCUCUCUUUCGUGAGAUCAUCUCGACGAUGAAUCACUCGGCUUCUCUCGCGGUGGCUCUCCACGACGUCGGGGGAUUAUUAGUUUCUGGGUGUCUCUCUUUGCCGGAUUCUUCAUCUCCAUGUGAGUGUCGUUGGGAAGCAUCCAUGUGUCGUUGGUCGCAUUUCGUUGGGAAGCAUCCGUGUUGUACAUUGUACAUCGUUGGUCACAUGUGUCUUGUUUCUGCAAAUCAAUAUCAAGCACACAAGAAACAGGUCACUUGGAAACAAAGCUUAAGAUACUACCAGAUGGGUCUUCUGGAUUAGUACUAACAUAUGAGGAUACCGAAGGAGAUUGGAUGCUUGUUGGUGAUGUUCCGUGGAGAUCGGUUCCUUUGCUCUCCACUACUAAGGAGUACGAUCGAUUCGAAAAAAAAGAUGGGGAGAUUGUUCUUGGUGGAAUUGGAAGGCAAGUCCUACUGUUGCCGUCAUUGCAAAACUGAUAUCGCCCUCUGCGAUGAUGUCGUCUCCAAGUCAUUUCAAUCACGCCAUGGGAAAGCUUACCUCUUCAGUAAGGUAGCGAAUGUGUAUGCUGGGAAGAAGGAAGAUAGGAUGAUGAUGACCGGGAUGCACACUGUGGUUGAUAUUUACUGCGUCAAAUGCGGCUCUUAUGUUGGAUGGAGAUAUGAGUUUGCUUUUGAGAAGACUCAAAAGUACAAGGAAGGAAAAUCUGUUCUCGAAAGGUACAAGGUUUGGGGUCCAGAUGGGAACAAUUACUGGGUGGCUCAAGAAGUUGAAGCUGAAGCUGGAGAUAGUGAUACUGAUGAUUGAUGAUGAUGCUUCUUCUUCUUCUCAAAUAACUCAUUAUCUGAUUUGUACAUUCUCUCCUCCUCUUUCAUCUCUCCUAUCAUUCUUUUCAAUGUCUUUUUUUUUUCUCAUUGUCUGAACUCUGAACAAUCCAUCUUCCUUUAGGACACAUUCAGAGAUCAAUUGUUAUGUGUUGCAACCAUUUGUGGAACACUUACAAUUAGAAUAUCUCUCAUUAUCUUAUUUAUCAAAGCUUUUAAGUUCUUUUCUU